AUGGGGACACACACCCCCUGGUUGUGGGUUCAGUCCCCAGUCCCCAUCCCUCUGCCCCCAGUGGUUGCCGAGGGCCGGAGCCGGCUGCUGCAGGCCGGCUUCCAGGAGCUGAAGGAGACCGAGCACUGGGACAUCCAGCCCGCGCACAAGUACUUUGUGACCAGGAACUACUCCACGCUCAUCGCUUUUGCCGUCGGAGGCCAGUUCCAGCCGGGCAAUGGGUUCAGCCUGCUCGGGGCGCACACCGACAGCCCCUGCCUCAGGGUGAAGCGCCGCUCCAAGCGGGGGCAGGUGGGCACCGUGCAGGUUGGUGUGGAGACCUACGGAGGGGGCAUCUGGAACACCUGGUUUGACCGUGAUCUCACUGUGGCUGGGAGGGUGAUCGUAAAGGACCCAACCACAGGACGCCUGCAGCAGCACCUGGUGUAUGUGGAGCGGCCCAUCCUCCGCAUUCCCCAUCUGGCCAUUCACCUGCAGCGUAGCAUCAACGAGAGCUUCGGGCCCAACACCGAGCACCACCUCGUUCCCAUUCUGGCCACUGCUGUGCAGGAGGAGCUCGAAAAGGAGGUGCUCGUGGAGGGUGAUGCUGCAGCCCAGACAGAGCGGCACAGCCCUGUCCUGCUCUCCCUGCUCUGCUCCCAGCUGAGGGUGAAGCCAGAGCAGAUCGUGGAGCUGGAACUCUGCCUAGCGGAUACGCAGCCAGCGACGCUGGGUGGUGCCUUUGAUGAGUUCAUCUUCUCCCCACGCCUGGACAAUCUGCACAGCUGCUACUGUGCCCUGCAGGCCUUGAUUGACUCGUGCAUGGCCCCCUCCUCCCUCGCCCAGGAGCCCAAUGUCCGACUCAUCGCGCUCUAUGACAAUGAGGAGGUAGGGUCGGAGAGCGCGCAGGGCGCAGAGUCCCUGCUCACGGAGCUGGUGCUGCGCCGCAUCUCAACAACGCCUCAAAACCUGACAGCCUUCGAGGAAGCCAUGGCCAAGUCCUACAUGAUCAGCGCGGAUAUGGCCCACGCCGUGCACCCUAACUAUGUAGACAAACACGAGGAAAAUCAUCGUCCGGCCUUCCAUAAGGGCCCCGUGAUCAAAGUGAACAGCAACCAGCGCUACGCCUCCACGGCCGUCACCGAGGCAGUGAUCCGGGACAUCGCCGCCCGUGUGGGUGUUCCUCUGCAGGAGUUCAUGGUGCGGAACGACACGCCGUGUGGCACCACCAUAGGCCCCAUCCUGGCGUCCCGCCUGGGGCUGCGCGUGCUGGACCUGGGCUGCCCACAGCUGGCCAUGCACUCCAUCCGGGAGAUGUGCUGCACCUCGGGAGUGCUGCAGAGCAUCGCCCUCUUCAAGGGCUUCUUCGAGCUCCUGCCGGAGGUCAGCAGCAACCUGGUGGUCGACUGAGCACAGCGGGGCGCGAGUGG